GCCUUAUAAAGGGCCAAGCUCUUGCCGCUGCAGCCGCAGCCUGGUUUCAGCGCUCCAGCUCUUGGCCUACUUUUCAUGGCCACUCGCGCCACCAUGGAUCUCUCUGCCAUCUAUGAGAGCCUCCUGUCGCUGAGCCCUGAAUUGUCAUCCGACCUCGGAGGAACUGAGCCCUCGGGACUUUGGAGCAUCAACUCUUGUGACUCGCCUGCGCCUGAGGUUCCCUCCCGCCUACCCGGCCGCUCCACCAGCCUGGUGGAGAGCCGAAGCUGUGGCUGGGUCCCCCCGCCUCCCGGCUUCGCACCCUUGGCUCCCCGCCCGGGCCCUGAACUGUCGCCCUCACCCACUUCACCUCCUGCGACUCCCACCACCUCGUCCCGCUACAAGACCGAACUCUGCCGGACCUUCUCAGAGAGCGGCCGCUGUCGCUACGGGGCCAAGUGCCAGUUUGCGCACGGCCUCGGGGAGCUGCGCCAGGCCAAUCGCCACCCCAAGUAUAAGACUGAACUUUGCCGCAAGUUCUACCUCCAGGGCCGCUGUCCCUACGGUUCGAGAUGCCACUUCAUCCACAACCCCAACGAGGACCAGGCCUCCUCCCCCGGACACCCCCAUGUGCUGCGUCAGAGCAUCAGCUUCUCUGGCUUGCCCUCCGGCCGCAGAACCUCACCGCCUCCGCCAGGCCUGUCCGCUCUAUCCUUGUCCUCCUGUUCCUUCUCGCCCUCCAGCUCCCCGCCUCCAGCCGGGGACCUUCCCCUUUCUCCCUCUGCCUUCUCUGCUGCCCCUGGAACCCCUGUGGCUCGAAGGGACCCCACUCCAGUCUGUUGCCCCUCCUGCCGAAGGUCUACUGCCAGCAUCUGGGGUCCCUUGGGUGGCCUGGCGCGCAGCCCAUCCGCACACUCGCUGGGAUCCGACCCUGAUGAAUACGCCAGCAGUGGGAGCAGCCUGGGGGGCUCAGACUCACCUGUCUUUGAAGCCGGGGUGUUUGGGCCUCCCCAGCCCCCUGUAAGCCAACGUCGACUCCCCAUCUUCAAUCGCAUCUCGGUUUCUGAGUGACAAGUGCCUACCCAUUCCUGAUCAGCUAGAUGGGGGGGCACUUGUGCUAUUGGGGACCAGGGGGGGUAUUCUGUCUCCUCCCCCAAAACAUUCCAAAAUGCAUUAAUCCACUCCCCUAAUGCUAGGCUGGGGCAGGUCCCUAGUUUGCAAGUUCAGUGUUGGGGUGAAAUGUUUCCUGGGAUCCAUAAGAUGUAGCGUCAUUGAAGGGUCAGUGGCUCUUUGGUUUUUGAGACAGGGGUCUUCAUAUGUAGCCCAGGCUGGCCUUUGAUUCAUGAAAUCCUCUAGCCUCAGCCUCCCAAGUGCUGGGGUUACUGGUGUGUGCUAGCCCCUGCUCAACUCUGGUCUCGUGGAAUCUUCGUGCUGUGAUGAACUGGCUCCCAUGACCCCCUCUCAAGUUUUACUAGACCCCAAGGUUCAGUGUCUGGUGAUUGGAACCCUCCCCAAGGGAGAAUCCUGGUGCUCAAACUUCCCUCCCCAAGCAAGUAGCCAAAGCCAUUGCCAAAUCUCUCCUCGUAGACCAGGGCCCUUAUUUAUGACGACUUUAUUUAUUGUAAUAAGAUUUUAUAGUAUUUAUAUAUUGGGUCGUCUGCCUUGUAUUUUUCUUUUUGUAAUAUUGAAAACAAUGCUAUAAUUAUUAAGUAUACUAUAAUAUAUUAAUAUAUUGUUACCUGAAAGGCCUAUUUUUGUGGUUUUUGGAAUUUUUAAAUAAAAGAAAUUUUGA